AUGACCUCGGACGGAGGAGCUAAGAUACGUAAGGCCAUCGACACCCUGCAAGACAGCUUUUAUGUAGCAUUUAGCAUUGAAAAGUUGAUCGUCAGUAGCAGUGCUUCGGGUCCGUUCCUGCAACGAAUUGCCACGCUAACUGAGCAGAUUUCGUACAUGGCCUAUAAGGAUCCCGUGUUCCAACUGCCGGCAGACAACACUCUCACCGAAAUUGAAAUCGUCAAUGCCGUAAUGCUUCGGUCGUUAGUAGCUGGCACGAACCGUCAUCUGACGCGACUAUACGUGGAGAACUGUCUUCUCGAUCGUAUACCACCGACACUCUCCAAUAUGAUCGAGUUGGAGGAGCUGCUUAUCAUGCAGUGUGCAUUGACAGCGCUGCGUCUAGACGUGCUGGUGAACAAUCCUAAACUCACCACCAUCGAUCUGACGCGUAAUCGAAUUCGUCAACUGUUUCCGAUCACCACGCCACCGAAAAACAAACUGUCUGUAACGUUCCUCAGCUUGGCUGCGAAUCAGCUGGAACGCCUAGACAUGUCCAUGUUUGCCUUCAUGCCGGACCUGGAACGGUUCGAUGUGCGAGGUAAUCGGAUCGUCCGCUUUGAGGCUACGUCACCAGUAACCUAUGGUUCGCUUAUCCGACUACUCGUCACUUCUAACAAUAUCACGCAGUUCGAUACGCGCAAUCUUACUCUUUCGGAACUGCGCUCAAUAUACUUGGACGAUAACGCACUCACCGAGCUUCCCACACAUUGGGGCAAGCUACCAAAACUAAUCUACCUUGGGUUUGAUCGAAACUAUCUGAAACGGGUCGAUAUGAGCUUUUUUGGAAAGUUCCCAACAUUGACUGCAAUCUUUAUCUGCGAAAACAACGUCGAAUCGAUCCGCACCUCCACUCCGAUCACGAUGCCAGAGCUAGAUAUCAUGCUGUUCGAAAGCAAUCAGAUUGUGUCAGUGAAUUUUACUGGCUGUAAUUUCCCUAAGAUGAACCUCAUUUCGUUCAUGAACAACCGUCUCACCACGAUUCCACCACUGUUUCAACGUUUUCCCGAAUCGCGACUGACAAUGGAAGGCAAUCCGAUUAAAUGUUCCAGCAUGACGGCAUUAAAGAGCAGAAUCGUCGAUUUUCGGCUUCGCGUGACCACCGGCAGUACGCAGUCCGACUGUCCUACAACUUCGUCGAUCGUACUCGAUCAAGAUCAGCUAGCUUGCUGUGACGCUUGA